AUGUCAUCCUCAUCAAAACUAGAAGAAGGAGAAGCCCAACAGAAGGGCAUUCAAGUCAUAUGCGCCGGCUUGGGCCGAACAGGAACCAUGAGCUUGACGGAAGCUCUAAACAAGUUGGGAUACAAAACGUAUCAUUAUUUGCACUUUUCGCAUCAAUAUGCUUGGGCAGAAUUGGCCGAUGGCAAGCGCACUCCACAGGACAUAAUCCAAUUGAUUGCCAAAGAUGGCUACACUGCGACGUUGGAGAAUCCAACCUGUGAUAUUUACCAAGAUAUUUUGGCGGAAUAUCCAAAUGCCAAAGUCAUACUUACGGUACGGGACACACCCGAAAAGUUUUGCAAAAGUUGGAAGACUCUCUUUGAUACAAUGGUAUUGACCGAAAAGAAGUUCACUUGGAAGUAUCCCAGCUUUUUUGGCUACAUACCACUCUUUGCCAACUUGAAAAAGAUUCGGUUCUUUAUGGGAACGACUCACCUGGGAUUGAAGCCAGGCGAGUUGACGCAUGGUUGGAGGGAAAAAGGCGAUGAAUGGUUGGCAGAACAAUACAUAAGGCACAAUGAACAUGUCAAAGCGAAUGCGAAGCCAGAAAACCUGCUGAUCUUUAACGUGAAGGAAGGUUGGGGACCAUUGUGCAAAUUUCUUGGAAAGGAAGCUCCACCAGACGACGAACCCUUUCCCAAUGUCCAGGUCAAUACGACAGAAUCACUUUUGGAAUUGCGUAGAUCGUUUCGAACUGUUACCUAUAUGUGGAUUCCAAUGAUUCUCGGACUUGGAGCAACAGCUUUCUUUGCUGUGACCCUCGGAAGAAGCUUCUUCACGGGCGGUUCGAAAUCAGCAACAAGCACGAGCACAAGCACAAGCACAAGGGCACCAUCAUCCCCAUCACAGGCAUCUUCCAAUGCAGAAUUACUGAAAGCAGUUUCCGCUGCUGUUCCAUCUUCACUGUUUCCGCGUGCGAGAUCUUCACAAGGAAGCCUAUGA